UUUAGCUAGUAAACAAGAGAAUGUGUCAAACAAAGAAAUUAAGAUAAAGUUUUUAUGUCAAUUUUUCAAAGACUUAGCUGAAAUCAGAAACUUUGGUGUGCCGCCUAUGGGCUGUCAUUUCCUUUACACAAUCGCCAUCUCCAAAACCUUCACGAAUCACACACCCAAAUCCAAGAUCCUAGGAAUUUUCUAACUUGUCUCGAGGCAUGAAGAUUCCUUGUUCCUUUUGUCCUUGUUUCUCAGCAUCCGUCAAAGAACAAACCAAGCACGAAGAGGCAGAGGAAGAUAAUGAUGGAAACUUUCGCGUAUUCACCUACAGAGAAUUGAAUUCUGCCACACGUGGUUUUCAUCCCUCGGAAAAGGUUGGAGAAGGAGGCUUUGGCUCUGUCUACAAGGGGCAACUUCGGGAUGGAACUUUGGUGGCUGUAAAAGUGCUUUCGAUUGAGCUAGAUUCCUUGAGAGGAGAGAAGGAGUUUGUGGCAGAAUUGACUACCCUAGCAAAUAUCAAGCACCAAAAUCUAGUCAUUCUUCGAGGGUGUUGUGUAGAAGGAUCCCACAGAUACGUAGUAUACGAUUACAUGGAAAACAAUAGCCUUCGUUACACUUUCUUAGGUUCAGAGCAAAGUAGGAUGAAAUUCAGCUGGGAAGUUCGGAGGGAUGUGUCCAUAGGUGUGGCCAGUGUGCUUGCCUUUCUCCAUGAGGAAAUUCAACCCCAUAUUGUGCACAGAGAUAUCAAAUCCAGCAAUGUUCUUCUUGAUGGAAAUUUUACACCAAAAGUCUCAGAUUUUGGAUUGGCCAAGCUACUAAGAGAUGAAAAAUCCCACAUCAGUACCCAAGUUGCAGGCACAUUAGGUUAUGUUGCUCCAGAUUAUGCCAGUUCUGGUCACUUGACACGAAAAACAGAUGUUUAUAGUUUUGGAGUGCUACUUUUAGAAAUUGUCAGUGGCCAACCAGUGGUAGAUCCGCAUCAACACGUGGAACGUUUCAUAGUUGAGAGGGUUUGGGCAGCGUAUGAGGCUAAUGAUCUUCUGAGAAUGGUGGAUCCAGUUUUGAAUGCGAACUUCCCCGUGGAAGAAGCGAAAAGGUUCAUAAUGGUGGGGCUGCGUUGCGUGCAACAAACUGCGAGGCUUCGGCCACGAAUGUCAGAAGUUGUAGACAUGUUGAGCAACAAUAUUGACACGAGGGACUUUAUUAUUUCACAACCAGGAUUUGUGAAUGAUCUCAGAAACGCAAGAAUGAGGAGGCAAAAGAAUUCAUCAGAAGAAUCAAGUGUUACUGCAGCAACCUUUGCAGACUCCUCCGGAUGGAGUACCACCAAUCUUGCCCGUUAAAUAGAUCUUAUCAUCAAUCAUCAUUUUGGAAAAUAUUUCAUUAAUGUCAAAAUGGGACAAUUUAAACAUGUUACAGAAGUAUACAAAAGAAACUAAUGAUUGAUAGAGAUGAUUAUAUACUAUGUGACAUGCUGCGUCAACAUUUUUAUAGGCAGUUUAGAGUGCGGAUCCUGUGGUCCAAUUCCAAUGAAUUGUUUUAUGAUUCUAAAUGGAUUCUUUUAUACACAGAUAUAUUCAUGUUA